AUGUAUCGCCAAAUUCUCGUCCACCCUGAAGACCGCGGAUUCCAGCGAAUCUUUUGGAGACGAAAGGUGACCGAGCUACUGCGCGAACUACUCCUGAACACAGUGACGUACGGCCUCGCGUGUUCACCGUUUCUCGCGAUCCGGUCACUCAUUCAGUUGGCCAACGACGAAAAGGCGCGAUAUCCGCAGGGCGCCGUCGCACUGCUCGAGGACCGUUACGUCGAAGAUGUCCAGACGGGGACGGACACAAUACCCGGCGCGAUCGCGUUACAGACUGAACUUCGCGAACUUUGCAUGGCGGGCGGGUUUCCGCUUCGGAAGUGGUCGUCCAACUACGAGGAAGCCUUAGAAGGCAUUCCCCGGGAACACCGUCUGUUCCAAGAACCGCACUCUUGGCAACACGAAAGUCAGACCACGUUGGGUCUCCUCUGGUACCCGAGCGAGGACAGCUUCGCGUUCGCGAUACACUCGCGCACGAUCACCCAGUACACGAAACGACACGUCCUCGCGGAAACCGCACGUCUCUUCGACCCACUGGGAUGGCUCGCUCCGGUCAUAAUCCGCGCCAAGAUCUUGAUUCAGUCUGCAUGGCUGCAGCAGCUGGAUUGGGAUACACCGCUCCCUUCCGCCGACGCUCACCGCUGGGAGCUCCUCUUCAAGGAACUCCCUUUGCUCGAAGGCCUCCGCGUGAAUCGCUGGCUCGGCACUAGCACCGAGAACCAGCACUUGGAACUACACGGCUUCGCCGACGCAUCCGAACGAGGAUACGCCGCCGUCGUGUACCUCCGCGUCUCCUCAGACAACUUCCAGGCUGUACACAUUCUGGCCGCCAAGAGCAAAGUGGCACCGGUGAAGCAAGUGACACUGGCGCGCCUCGAACUGUGUGCCGCCGCGUCACUUUCGAAUCUUGCAAAGCACUAUCGCAACACUUUAAGUCUGUCCACAGCACCUGUCUUUCUCUGGUCAAACUCUAAGACCACACUGCAGUGGAUCCGAGAGCACUCUUCCCGCUGGAAAACCUUUGUCGCAAACCGCGUAGCUCACAUCCAGACGCAGAUUCCCGACGCUCAAUGGCGACACGUCCCAGGGCGGGACAAUCCAGCCGACUGCGCCUCCCGGGGGAUCGCACCAAGUAAGCUACUGCACCACCCCUUGUGGUGGACGGGUCCAGCCUGGCUCCAGGAGGACCCCUCUCACUGGCCGAACGAGGACUCCGAACUACCCGCAGACCAGAUGCCCGAACAACGAGUCGUGGUGCAAGCCGCCAUUGAGAAGAUUGAAGUCGAGCCUGACAUGCUACUCAG